AUGUCGCAAAAGGAGAUCAUCUACCUCUCCUUUGGCUCCUUCUCCAAUCACAUCUCCGCCCACUUUUGGAACCAGCAACAAUCUUAUUUCACUUUCGAACAAUCCGACAUCCCUUCCGGAUCCAGCUCGCGCGAUCGAGAUACACACCAAAACGAAGAGCCGCUGAUCGAUCAUGACGUUUCGUUUCAGGUAGGCCAAACUCCGAGUGGUCAAGACACGUACAACCCGCGCGCCAUUCUCUUUGAGACCGAACAAGAAUUCGGUGCAUUAGGAAAGCUCAAUGCGCUGUACGACUCCUUCCCCGCAGAUAGCGAGGAGAGAAAUGUAGCUCUGGAUAGCUUGCAGAGCUGGGGCUCAGAGGCGCUGGUCAUUGUGUCGGAGAGGGUGAGGACAAGCCGAUAUCAACACAGAUUGGAAUUGGAAGAUCAGGGUCUGGAUCCAGAGUCUUCUGAUGAAGAAGAUGAAGAAGGGGACGACGGGGUGCAUGCUGGACCGGAACAAGUUGACAAUGAUCCACGCAACACACACGUGCCUGCUAUGUUGAAGCAGCGAAGAACCAAAAGGCCGCAUCGCUUCUGGUCAGACUAUUCGCGCACGUUCUUUCACCCCAAAUCGCUCGUCUCUGUAGGAGGGCAGCUUGCCGCUCCUAUGCCCGGCUCCUAUAACGCUGCUCAUUCCUCUUCGGACUCCAAUGGACGGACCCGAUUCGAAACAUUUUCGCAAGGCGUGAACAAAUACAACCAGCUCGAGUCACAGCAUGAGGUUCUCGACACCAACAUACGUUGGUUUGCCGAAGAUGCAGACCUGCUCCAAGGCUUUCAGUAUUCGAUAGGAACAUCAGAUGCUUUCGGCGGUCUUGGCUGCAAAUAUCUCGAGAGCCUUGUCGAUGAGUUCCCCAAACUCAGCCAUCUUGUGUUUGGUGCUAGGUGGGGCAACAUCAACUACGUAUCCGAGGACGCAGGAGAGUCUGCAAUGCGGGAAAACAGGCUCGCCCGGAUACGCAAGAUGAACAAUCUGCAAUCAUUAGUGCAAAUGAUGGAGUUCUCUACCAUUGUAACGCCAUUGAGCGUUCCUGAUUGGCACUGUAAUGCGCAAGUGGGUGCGAAUUGGAGACGAUACCUCGGAAGGAUCGAUUUGGGCGAUAUGCACCAUGCAGCAGCGCUCGUAUCGACGCAUUUGGAGACAGCGACGCUGGGUACACGUCUCAAGUCUCGUGCCGAGACGCUUUCGUCGCUCACAUCGCGUCUCAACUGGCGGCAAGAUACCAAGCUCAUCCAUCUCGGCGGCGCAUUACCCGUUCCAUACCCGACACCGCUGGGCUCGGCAUUGCCCGCGACGGGCUCGACGGAUGCAGUGGAUGCGCUGCUCAGAUCGUACGGGUACGGUGCGGACUCACGAGCACGUCAGCGCGGGGCUCCGAUCGAAUCUGAACUAGACCUAUCCACACGUGGUGCUAAACACCUUCUCUCGACGUGGCUGGAUCUAUCGCUCCCUUCCAACCUCUCUGGUGGCGACCAGAAGCGCAAACGGGUGCUUUAUCAUCUCUCUCGACCUUAUUCGCAUACAGCAGUGCUGAGAAAUUCCAACCUCGACGAAGCACGUCUAGGCUUGGGAAUGCUCGAUUCGAUCCUCUCGCACAUCAACCCUCCGUUUGGCCAAGGUGUAUACAUCCCGCAGUCGUACAACGUUUUAUCGUCCUAUCCGAACUUCUUCACGUUGCUCGACAAGCAGUCGAAGCCUAUUACAGAAGGAGUGCAAUCGAGGAGCAAAGUCAUUCGGCCCAAGCACAUUCCCGUGCUCUCGUCGCUAGCGGCAACAUCGUCGAGCGUGUAUGUGUUCAAGGAGGCGAGGGAGACGAUCAACGAAGCACUGCACGGUCAUCUGCCACUGGUUGCGUACGGUCUAGACGGUGAGGAUGCAAGAGACGGAUUGAAGGAGAUCAGGGAGAGCAUUGAGGGCUGGAUCGAUGCGUAUAGUGUUGAUCAAAGUGGUGAUGGAAGGGGAAGCGAGGAGAGUGAAGAUGGGAUGGGGACGGACGAGGAGUACGACGUGGAUCAGAUAGAAAAUGAUGGCCUGGAUUGGGAUAUGUAA